AGUCAUUUUCUAAACUUCAAGAAGACAAGAAAUAUGAGAAACAUUUUUGGGUUUAUUGCACUUUUAUCAGUGAUUUACAAUUUGGAAUUUUGCUGUGCACAAGAAAAGGUUGUGAACAUUGAAAAUGGAAAAAUUGUAGGUGAAGAAAAGGAAAAUUAUUAUGCUUUUCUUGGAUUGCCUUAUGCUGAGAGUCCAACCGGUGAAUUAAGAUUUGCACCACCAAAAAGAUUCACUCAAACUUGGGAUGAUGUCAGAGAAUUUAAAAAGUUCGGUUCAAUGUGUGCACAAUAUUCUCAAAUAGGUUACUCUUAUCAUGGAGAUGAAGAUUGCUUAUCACUUAAUGUGUUUGUGCCAAAAACGGUUCUAGAUAAAGACGAGAAAGUUCCAGUCAUUUUCUUCGUUCAUGGAGGUGCAUUCAUGUUUGGGGGCAGUGAUGCAUAUGGCCCUGAAAACAUCAUGAGAUCACAAAAUAUGAUACUUGUGACUGUAAAUUAUCGAUUAGGAACUCUGGGAUUUAUGACUACUGAAGAUGAAGUCAUUUCUGGUAACUUUGGAAUGAAAGAUCAAGUCGAAGCACUGAAGUGGGUUCAACGAAACAUUGAAGCAUUCAAUGGUGAUCCAACGAAAGUUACAAUUGUCGGAUAUUCAGCUGGUGGUGCGAGUGUUCAUCUUCAUUAUAUGUCACCAUUAUCUGAAGGAUUAUUCAACAAUGGAAUCUCACAUUCGGGUUGUGCUCUCAAUCCGUGGGUGAUGAUGGAGAAUGGAAAGGAAAAAGCACAUCAAGUAGCGAAAAUCUUAAAUUGUCCCAUUGAUAAUCAUCAGAAAAUGUUGGAAUGCUUAAGAAAGAAGCCAGCUAAAGAUUUGGUGAUAGUUACAAAAGAAUUUCAACCAUUCUUGUACAAUCCUUUUUCACCUUUCGCUGUUACCGUUGAGAAACACAGUCCAACAGCUUUCUUAACAGAUCAACCUCUUAAAUUUCUUAUGGAUAAAAAGUUUCUGAAUCGUCCAUGGCUAUUGUCACAAACCGAAGAUGAAGGAUUGUACCCUGGUGCAGAAUUUUAUAACGAAAAAUAUUUGAAGACGAUAAAUGAUAAAUGGGAUGAUCUUGCACCUCAUAUUCUUGACUAUAAUUUCAGUACAACGAAUGCGAAUAGAAAAGUUCAUGUCAGCAGGAAAAUACGAAAGCAUUAUCUUGGCAUUCAUGAGAUAUCGAAAGAAACCUUCAAUGCUUUUAGAGACAUGCUUAGCGAUCGCUUUUUCAAAUUUGAUGCCUACAAUGCUAUUCAAAUACAUGCUCGUCAUGCACCUGCUUAUUUCUACUACUUCCGCUACAAAAGUCUAAGUGGUUUAGCAGAAUUUUUGUCAAAUUCUAAAGAAAAUAUCGGAGUUUCACAUGGUGAAGACGUUCUUCUCAUUUACGAACAUAACUUGCGUGACAUUCCAUAUUCUAAUGAAGAACUUGAAAUGGGAAAUGAAUUGAUCAACAUGUACUAUGCGUUUGCAAAGGAUAGUAAAGCUAUCUUUGGAAAGAAAGAAAUCGAACAAACGAAACCAAGCAAAGUUAAAUGUAUGGAAAUCAAAUCAUCCUCUGAUUAUAAGAAUAUUGAUGUGACUCAAGAUUUUGGCCAUUCCGUCUUUUGGGAGCAUAUUCAAGAAAUACUUCAUACAAAGGAAAGAACUUAUUAUGAUGAAUUGUAGGUGUUAUUGAUAUCUUUUUCUUUCAAUAACGAGGAUCAAUAAUUUUUCUAGUUUCAAACAAUAAACGGAAAUUCAAAUUAAUAAAACUUAACGGUGACAAAAAAUUUAAACAUUUCAAUAUUUCUAAACACA